AUGACAUUGAGCAGGAUAUCACUUCGCUCUGCUGCCGAAAGCGGCUUGGCACAGCUAGCUGGUGUAACGACUUUGUCGAUUGACACUGGCGACCUUGCAGUCAUUAAGGAAUAUGCAGAGACUGGACUGAUAACUGAUGCAACAACGAAUCCCUUGUUCGUCAGCCAAGCUGGACUAAGCGGAGAUCCAGUUUAUGUGGCCUUCGUCGAGGAUGCGAUCGAGUAUGCUCGUGCGAAAGCCAAAGGCAAGGACGAAAUUGUGGCCUUGGCGAUGGACAAGCUGGCCGUGAAUCUUGGGGUGGCCAUCUCCAAGCUGGUGUCCGGGUACAUAUCGACGGAGGUGGAUCCGCGAUUGAGUUUCGACAAGGACGAGACACUGCGGCGUGCCCGUCGUAUCAUCGCCUUGUAUGAGGAAGCAGGCGUGCCACGUGAGCGAGUGCUCAUCAAACUGGCGGCCACGUGGGAGGGCAUUGCAGCGAUGGCGGAGCUUGAAAAGGAG